AUGGCGGCCUCCGCGGGCGCCGCGGCGCUGGGCCGAAGUUCGCGCGCGGCUCUUCCCCCUUGGACGUUGCGGGUGCCACGCGCUGACCGCGGGCGGCUGCUGAUCCCAGCUAGCCUCGGAGGGCGCGCGCCGGCUGCCCUGGCCGCUUCCAACCAGCCGAGUGCGGGAGGAGAGGAGCGCUACUGCCUGGAUUUGCUGCGAAAACGGGAUUAUGAAGGCUUCCUGUGUGCGCUGCUGUUGCCUGCUGAAUCACGUGCCUCUGUCUUGGCCCUGAGAGCCUUCAAUGUAGAACUGGCUCAG